UUAUUUCUUUCUUUUCUCUCAUUUGAUUCUUUCCUCCCUUCCUGCAUGUAACUAUUCUUUUCCUCUUCACAAUUUGCACUUUUUAUUGAACUCCGAGUUGAAUUUAUCAAUAUCAAUCUUGUUGAAUACUCUUCUUUCUGUGAUCCCAAGUGCACAGGCCGAAAACUCACAUCAAGUGAGUCUAUCUUAUCACUCCUGCUCUCGGAUUGGCCAUCUUGGACAGAGACAUCAUGCCACGACAAACGACUCGAGGUCGAGCAGUCAAGAGAGACUCGAGUCAGGCAGAAGUCGACAGGAUUGAUCAAGAAGAACAGCAAGUUCGAGCCUCUACAAAUGAGAUCGACCUAGCCGUUCAGCAAGAUGGAACCCAACAGAGAGAAACGCGUUUCGAGGAACCUUCACCAUCAACACCACAAGAAAUAGCGAAGGCUACCGGUCGUCGGGGAACAAGGAAACGACAAAAAAUUGAGCCAACUUCUCAGUUGGUGAGUGAGUUUGUGGAGAUGGACUAUGCCAACCAAAUUAGGCAAAAAUUCUCACCACAGAAUGGUUUGGCUGGUGACUUGCCUCCUAUCCAUGACCUGAACCAAAUCUUUGAAGAAAUCACUCGCCAUGCCGUUCAAGAAGAUGGAUUCAAAGAGUUACUCGACUCGCUUAACGGACGCCCACUGCGUGUGGCCACCAUGUGCUCGGGAACUGAAAGUCCGAUUCUUGCUCUUGAACUGGUUGUUUCAGAACUGAAAAAGAUGAGCAUUGGCCCCUUUUCCUUCAAACAACUUUUCAGCGCGGAAAUUGUCGAGCAUAAGCAGGCAUACAUCGAGAGAAACUUUCACCCGCCUAUACUCUUCAGGGAUGUAUUAGAGCUGAGUAAAGAAUUUGCAACCACAGCGUAUGGAGCAAAAAAAAAAGUGCCCACGCAGCCAGAUCUACUGAUCGUUGGCUUUCCAUGUGUUGAUUACUCCAUGCUGAACAAUUUUCGGAAGAAGUUUGGCGAGCGUGGUGAAUCUAACGACACCUUCAAAGGUCUCGUAGCAUAUUGCAAAAUGCACAAACCCAAACUGAUAAUUAUCGAGAACGUUAGUAGUGCGCCUUGGGUGCCUAUUCAGCGUUCAUUUCAGAACAUUGGGUACUAUUGUCAUCAUGUCAAGGUUGAUACUAAAGAUUUUUAUAUCCCGCAGACACGUGAAAGAUCAUAUGCUCUGUGCAUUGAUAACUCCCUUGUCAAAAAUGGGAAGGAAUUGCUUGAGGAGUGGGGAAAGAUCCUUUCUGGCUUUCAGCGCAGAGCUAGUUCACCAUUUACAGAGUUUAUCGAUGCGGAUGACAAUGUGAUAGAGCAGCGGAAGCUUGAGCGUGCGCCUGUAUUCGAACCAAAGUCUUCACCUACUUGGUCUCUGUACAAGAUCAGACACGCAGAUGUUCGACGAGAAAGUAGUUUCGGCAACGGAAGGCCGAUCACGGGUUGGGAGGAAGGUGGUAAGUGUUGUCCUCCGACAUGGAUGGACCGGCCGUGGUUCUUUUCUCAAGUUGAGCGAGUCUGGGAUACUAUUGAUGCAAACCACCUGCGCGUUAUGGAAGUCGAUGGAUCUGAUAGUACUUACAAAGUCCGCUGCAUAGACCUCUCACAAGGCGUGGAUCGAGAUGUAGAUUCCAGGCCUUCGGGUAUUAUGGGUUGCGUAACCCCAAGCGGCCUACUAUACUGUACAUCUCGUGGAGGUCAGAUCCAAGGACGUGAGUUGUUAGCAAUGCAGGGAUUGCCACUGAGUCGGUUGUCCUUGACGAGAGAGUCACAAUCCCAGAUGCAGGAUUUGGCUGGCAAUGCAAUGAGUACCACUGUGGUUGGCUCAGCAAUGCUAGCAGCUCUCAUAGUUUGCCACAUGGUUCUUAAAGUUAACAACGACGAACAACGAAUCAUCGAUAGCGGCGACACAGUCGAGGAGUGUAUGCCUGCAGUUUCGUUGAUAAGCUCCUUCUUAGAAAAGAUGAGAACUGUUGAAUCGCUCACAAUCACAACGUGCUGCUGGCUCACGGCACUUGCCGGAUUGACUUCGAGCCUCUGCAGUUGUGAAGGUCAAUACGGCCUUGGACUAUAUGGUCUCUACCGAUGCUUAGAUUGCAAUUUCACAGCAUGUGCCGCUUGCAAAGAAAAUCCUAUCCACAACUACACACCAAUUCCGGUAUCGCAACUCAGCGUUCGUCGAGAUCCAAAACUGUUUCGAGAAUUGCUUUUGCACAUACUUCCAUCCAUGAUUAGGCCACCCAGACUGCCUAUACAUCUCUACCAAGAAAUGUCGGGCCACUAUCCUACAACUGAAGAGAUCGAGAAAGUGUGGAAGAAGUAUUUGGAAGCUAUCGAGUUAGUAUGCCAGGACGCUCUGAUGUUCGUCUCGAUUAAGCGAAGGCACAUCUGGAAUGUCGUAUACGAAGGUAUUUACUCGACCCUUCACCUGGCUAUCGGCCCACAUGGGAUGCACUGGACAUUGUUUGCGAAAGCACCGAACGAUGAACCCGCCGGAAGCUAUUUCAGGGAGGUGCUUCGUCAUCCAAUAGCAAAAAUGGAAGUAUUUCAAGACGGCACGUCCGUUCUGGAGGGAAAAUGGAAGGUCUAUGGACCCUUGUCUAGGAAAAAUAAGACCGUCACUUUGAAAGGAGUCGGUGAUUUGGUACCGUCAUAUGAGAGUGUCUGCGGUCUUCCAAACUCAGCUCAGAAACAGGUCUGGAGUAACAUUAUUGUCGGCGGAGAAGAAGCAGCGAUGGAAGGAUUGUCCAUGGAUAUUCGUGGACAUUAUCAGAGAAUAUCCAACUGCGGAGGAGCGCUACAAUCACUGCACCGCCGUAGCAGCUGCGCGCCCAAUGAGCCCGAUUUGUUUCUUUUCUUGGAUCCCAGAGUUCUGGGACCCAGUGAGCUAGAUUCUUGGGUAUUUUCGACAGACCCCAGCCGCAAGGUCAAUGAUACCUGGAGAGAUAUCGUUUUGCAGUUGGACAGCAAAUGGAGCUACCAAGACCUGCUGCCUUCAGGAGCUUCUUCCGUUCUGGCUUCUCAUCGACAAUGGAUUGAUGCUGGUUCCAUGGCCAUAAUAAACUGUGAUUCACAAAAUGGACUUGUUAGUCGCAUACUGGAUCCCCGGGUCAACGUGCAGUUGGAUGGCUAUAGUUGCUAUAACUGCUAUGUCCCGCUUUUAUCAUCCUCCACUAAUGUCGAAGGUACGAUACAACAACAACAACAACAACAACAAUCAUGGGAAGUCAAGGAUUUUCGGGAGAUAAAUGAACUUGCAUGGGCUUGGGCCAAGUUUUCGACAUGGUCUCCAUGUCCGAAUUGGAAGCUUAUAGAAGCAAUUUUCGAGAUUUGUGAGCGCUGUUCUCCCGAACAGCCAAAAAUGGCAUGGAUAGUCCGGAAAGGAAAGGAACGUCCGAUUGAAGACCCAGUGGAUGCGGCAAGAUGUGAACGUGACUACAAAACGAGACCAUCCCCAUUUUGUCUGUUUGAGAAAACGGAUGGCCUCGGAAACAAAAAAGACGCACAAAGGCAUCACUUUUGUCUUGCUCUCAAUCUAAAAACAUUGCUCCAUCGUGCCUUCAGAGCGAUAGCACAUCGUCGAGAAGAAAGCGCGACAGUCGAGUUCUACUGGCGAAUAACCAACAAUGACGACACAGAUAUCGCCCAUCCCAGCAGUUAUCGCAUAGUGAAUAACAAUGGAGAAUCUGGAGCAGUACAGCCUCCUCACUUCAUGGUCCCACUAAGAUUAGAUCAAUUGCGGUCUCUUCGAUGGGCGCUGUCACGCGAAUCGACUGACCAGGAAGCUUUUCUGGAAGAAGAAGUCGAAGAAGCUAUUCUGGAUCCAAUGAACUGGAGAGCAGAGGCAAAGGUGCUUGUACAUCGUACGAUCAGGGGCGGGGUUCUAGCAGACCACGUUGGUUUUGGCAAAACUGCAGUGGUUUUGGGUCUGAUAGACAGCCAGCAUGAGAAGGAUGUGAUUGAAGCGGAAGAGCCAUGUAAUAACGCAAUUCCUCUCAAAGCCACCUGUAUCGUUGUCCCCGAUAUUCUGUUUGACCAAUGGCGAAGCGAGAUAGUGAGAUUUCUUGGAGAUAAGUACACUGUCCUUGAAAUCAGGGAUAUCUCCCAAUUGCAUCGGACAUCUAUCAAAAAUUUCCAAACAGCAGACAUUGUUCUUGUUGCUUGGACGAUUUUCACAACUGCCUCGUAUUUCAAGAGCCUGGAAGAAGUCGCUGGAGGACCAUGCCCGCCUAAGAUGACUAGCAGAAGCGUGCGAAUGUUUGAAGCAUGGUCUGAAGAUGUGCUUGGUUCAAUCGAGGAACGGGUCACGACACUGCAAAUGGAUGGACCGGAGGCAUUUCUAGAUUCUAUUCAUCUUAAGCGAAACUCCGCAUGGGGGACAGGUGCUUAUACCCGCUACUUACCAUCCAGAAAGAUAGCAGGGAAAGGAGUCAAGUACAACCCCUAUUCUGAGGAUGUACCAACCAACCAAGCGGAUGGCGAUGUCUCGGAACCAGCAGCUGCUCGUUCGCCCAUGGAAAUAGAUAAUCAAGGUUUCAAAAGUAUUUUGCCAAAAGAUGAUCUUGAAACCUACUUAGUGACGGACCAGAAUAAAGCGCAAUACAGGUCAAGAUUCGGUAUCUUAAAAGGCGAACAGGCGUUGAUGAAGAAUGUCAAGGGAACGGUUUUCCACAUGUAUCGAUUCCAACGGCUGGUCAUUGAUGAAUUCACAUACUUGAAUCAGGAUCGCCAUGCGUUACUGGUCUCCCUCAAGGCACGUUCACGAUGGAUAAUGUCCGGCACGCCCCCUAUCAAGGGUUUUGCAGCUGCGGAGCGAAUGGCUCGACUUGUCGGCGUGUAUCUCGGGAGAACCUGUGACGAAGAUUACGAGAAGAGCAAAUUUAAGCGCUCCGAAUCUGAGAACUUCCACUUCUUUCGAGAGGUUCCGAGUCGGGGGUGGCAUUUCCGCCGUAACGGCCUUGCACAGCAUUUUUGCGACGUAUUCAUGCGCCAGAAUACCCCGGAAAUACCUCAGAUCGAAUGGACAGUUCACUAUGAACCCACGAUUCUGUCUGCUGUUGAGAGGAUAUUGUAUCUUGAGCUGAAGGUGUUCUACGAAUCAUACAAUCCGCAAACAACUGGGGAAAAGAAAAAAAAGUACGCUCAUGAUCAGCGGGGACGAAUAAGCGAGAUUGUCGACACGUGUGAUACACCAGAACAGAGUAUCGUCAAGCGUUCGUCAUACUAUGACGCUUUGCCCAAAUGGAGUUCUGCAAGUGAAAAAAUCGACACAGCAGAAAAGCUUGUGCAGCAUAGACGCAAAGAGAUUGAGAAGAUUAUCGGGGAGAUCAAGCAACAGGCAAAGGCCAUAACUUGGUUAUAUCAUCAGCUAUAUCGAAAUGAUCCAAAAUUUUCCGCGCUGCAAAAGAGCCUCCGAGAAAACGAUUAUGGCGACACUGAUGUUUCAAAUUUCGCUUGCCGUAUAAUCGAUGAAGCUUUGACAUCGUAUCGACAAGGCGAUUGGGAAGCAUUUUGGUAUCCAUCUAACGAAGGUCUAUCCAACGCUGCCGACACUCCUCUAGUUGAUGUUGGAGACGAUGAGAUAGAGUCUGAUCAAGAGAGCUCUGAUGAGAAAGAAACAGUUCAGGGAAGAGAAAUUUAUGCUACCAGUGAAUAUGUGCCAAUAUCUCAGCGCAAGGACCGGGCAAAUAAGUCGAAGAUUGAUCUGAGAGCCUUGCCCACCGGAAAAGAGGACAAACACAAAGAGCUUCGAGAAUGGACCAAUAGAGUCAGGGUGAAUAUUCAUGCCUUGGUGGAUUGCACGAGAGGGCUGAGGUUCGCGCAAUCAGGGUGUACUUUUGUGGGCACUGGCAGCCUGCCAAUCUGCCAGAGCUGCGGACAGAAAGACCAACGAGCAAAGAAAAAACAUAGCGUCUUGGGUAAAUGUGGGCAUAUUGUCUGCGCAUCUUGCCUUGCCGAAGUGCUCAGCAACGAGAAAUGCACUGUUCUCGACUGUCGUGGAGCUGUGGAUGAGCAAUAUGUGAUUCCCGGCUCAUAUUUCGCCAUGUGUCAGCCCAUCAACAUGCCCACUCCUCUGGGUGGAUCAAAGGUCGAGGCACUGAUCAAGCUGUUGAAAGAUGAGAGCUCAAUUCCCAAAGACGACCAAGUAAUUCUAUUUCUGCAAUUCCAGGAUCUCCAGCAAGUAGUGACGGCGGCGCUGGAAUUGAAUGACAUCUCCUAUGUGUCUGUGGGGAAAACUGGUAAACACGGCAGGGGCAAAAUGAAGAAAUUUUCUGCGAACCACGACAAAAAGGUCGCUAUCCUUCAAUUGGGCACUGAGAAUGCUGCGGGACUCAACCUGCAAAAUGCCAAUCAUGUGAUAUUCUUUGCUCCAUUCGCAGCCAAGAAUCAUUACGAGUAUCAAAGCACGAUAGCUCAAUCGAGUGGACGCGUCAUUCGUUUCGGACAGAAGAAAAAAGUCCACAUCUGGAAUUUGGCGACGCUCAACACGCUCGAGGUUGGUAUUCUUCAGGGACAGGAUGGACGGGUUCUUGUACGACGUCCUAAUGGAAAAUAUGAACUUGUUCUGGAGGGGGAAGUUGGAAAGGAGGAUGUCAAGGGGUUUGACGUUCCCGCGUUCGAUUGGAAAUAG